ACCAUAGUGAAACGCUUUUGACUGAACUGAAUCUCGUACAAGAGAGGCGCUCCUGAUAAAGACCGCAACAUCCCCGAUCUGUUGGUUUUCACUGGAAUAAAGUCUGCAGUCAAAGCAAAAUGUCUGAUUCGGUAAAAAACGUGGCGAUUUUUGGCUCGACCGGAAUGACGGGCUUGGCGACGUUACCUAUUGCAGCGGCAGCAGGUUAUAAUAUUACUGUGUUGGUGAGGGACCGGUCCAGGCUGCCCGCUGACCAUAAGGCUUCCCGAGUUGUGGUGGGAGACGCCCUCAACAAAGACGAUGUGAAGAAGACUUUGGAGGGUCAGGAUGCUGUGAUCAUCAUCCUGGGCACAAGAAACGACCUUAGUCCUACCACCAUGAUGUCAGACGGCACACGCAACAUUCUGGAGGCCAUGAAAUCCCGUGGUAUUCGCAAAGUGAUCGUCUGCUUGUCCGCGUUUUUGCUGUGGGACCGAGCAAAGGUUCCUCCUCGCUUGGUUCCUGUAACUGAAGACCAUGAGCGCAUGUAUCAGUUGUUGAAAGAGUCUGGACUGGAUUAUGUAGCAGUGAUGCCUCCACACAUUGCAGAUAACCAUCCUCUGACUGAAAAGUACACCGUCACUGAAAACAUGCUGCGAGGACGAGUCAUCUCCAAGCAUGAUCUCGGCCACUUCUUUGUCAAGUGUCUUUCCACCUCUGAGUGGGACGGGAAGUCAGUGGGAGUGUGUGGAGAAUACAGUUAAAUUCCUCAUGCACUUUUCAGCAUUUCUAAGUUUCUGAUAAUAUGAUGUUAGCAUUUAUAUGCAUAGAGUUUUGUAACAUGCCUUUUUAACAUGGCAGAUUUUUGUGACAUGAACAAAACCACUAAGUAAAUACAUAACAGUGCAUUAUAAUAAUCUCAUAUUGAUGAAAAACUAUUUUUGCAGUAUGCCAAUUUGAUUUAAUAAAUGCUUAUUAAAUGUACAAUA